GCUAAUUCAAAAGUGGUGGUGUCUUCAGUCACAUCACAAUGGAGAAGGACCUCGAUGGCUGGGGUUAGUUGGCAGGAUGCUGUGGCCGGGGCCUGCGCAGGGGCAGUGGCAAAGACAGCAACGGCGCCAAUGGAGAGAGUAAAGCUGGUGUUGCAGAAUCAGCAAUUGUCUGUGGGCCAUGCGGCAGAACUGCCAGUGCGAAAUCUUGUCCAUGGCAUGAAUCAGCUCUUGCAGGAACCCAUGGGCUUUGCAGGGCUUUGGCGUGGCAACCUCUCCAAUGUCAUGAGGGUUUUGCCCACGUAUGGUGCCAGAUUCUGGCUAUUCACUUACUUUGACUCCGCCCUCUCCUGGGUGCCACAGAGCGACACGAGGCGCUUCAUUUCUGGCGGUCUGGCGGGAGUUGGUGCCCUCUUGCUGACCCACCCACUGGACACUGUGCGCACACGUUUGGCGGCUGCCCGAAUCUUUGCCGAUGAAGUGUCAUACAUAGGCUUCAUGGACUGCGUGAGCCAAACUUGGGGGUCCCGUGGAGUGGCUGGUCUUUAUGCAGGUUGUCUUGCAAGCAUGCUUGAAAUAGCUCCCUACACUGCCAUUGCCUUCACAUCGUAUGAAGGCUUGAAGCAACGCUUGAUGGUCCCUGGUGCAGCGGGCAGUCCUUUGUGGUGCCGCCAGGUCUUUGCAGGUUUGUGCAGCGGUGUUGCUGCAACCACCAUGUGCUACCCGCUGGAUACUGUAAGGCGCCAACUGAUGCUGGAUGGUGCACUGGGCUUUGAUUCCAGAUAUCAAGGCAGCAUACUGCGGUGCUGCAAAUACUUGUGGUCACAAGGUGGGGUGCUUCCCUUUUAUCGAGGAUGGAGUGUGACGCUGCUCAAAAGUGUGCCGUCUGUAUCCAUCACUUUUCUCACCAAAGAUCUCUUGCUUGCGGAGAUGCGACGGAGAUUCUGAGAUUCGCCGCUCAAGCAGAAGCGCGAGUCUCGAUUCCAGUCCAAAAGUCCCAGCUUUGUGAGCGGC